GAUCUGAUGCCGGCUACCUUUAAUAACGCAUGAACUCUAGCAGCAGCCGCUAACAGAAGAGAGAAGGCGAGAGAGGCUAGUACCGCUGCUGUCGAUACUCCCCCUACAUAGCCGACUCCACAUCACAAAUACGUCGAGGGAGGUGUGCAGAAGAAAGCUAAAGGAUCAGUCUGUAGCGGUUAACAGUACACCCGCUGCCCCCUACCCCACCACACACACGCACCUCCAGGCUGCGGGAUCAAUGAGCGUGGGGCGAGACGCCGGUGCGUAAAGUUGUUAAGCUGAGCCAGAGCCGUGCUCAGCGUGGAUCGUAGAGCCCAUCACAGUGUCUUUGUCUGUGAAUGGUAAGGGUUCCAACGGAGCGCUGCUGGGAGACACUGGGAGUCUCUCUGUGAAUGUGCCACACGCGCCUGGAAGAUAUGGAUUUGCUUUUGCUAUAGCCAAGAUUUGCCGCGGUUUUUUGAAAUAUUCAUUUUUCAUUUUUUGACUGUGUUGUUGUUGAUAUUGUUUUUGAUUCUUAAACGAUCGCAGACAAUUCAAGACUCACCGUACGGAAUUACAACCAUGAACUUUGUUGUCAGUUUGGUACAAUUCCUGUUGGCAGCGGUUCUUCACCUUCCCACUGUAAAGACUGCCAGCAUUAAUAAGGGAGUGGAGAAGAGUAAAAAUGAGGUCAUCCCUCUCACUGAGGUCCUCAACAAGAGUAUGUGUCAGCCAAGGGAGGUGCUGGUGGACAUCUCGCACGAGUAUCCGGAGGACACGGAGCACACCUUCAUCCCUUCCUGUGUGGUCCUCAACCGCUGUGGAGGCUGCUGCAAUGAUGAAGCGUUGGAGUGUAUUCCCACAGAAACCCGCAAUGUCACGUUGCAGGUAAUGCGGUUGAGACCAAUGGUAACGCAACAUACUAUUCACCUAAGUUUCACAGAACAUCAAAAGUGUGAUUGCAGAGCGAAGCCAGAUGUUCAAGUAAAGAAAGAAUACCACUGUGCGCCUUGCUCAGGGAGAAGGAAACGCUUAUUUGUGCAGGACCCUCUCACCUGUAAAUGUUCCUGCAAAUUCACACAAUUAGACUGCAAGUCCAGGCAACUUGAGUUAAACGAAAGAACUUGCAGAUGUGACAAACCAAGGAGAUGAGACCAGCAACACUGUUAUGAAGGAAUUCUUUUCUUGGCACAGCACUUUGAAACCUGAGGAUGCAUUCCCUGCAAGGACAUGAUACAACAUCACAAGACAGGAUAUUCUGGAUGCAGAUCUUGCCACUGUCUGUUUUCUGCCUAAAGAUAUUAAUAUAUAUGUACAUAUGAUAUAAUUACAUCGACAAUGUUUAUUGCUGCUACAUAAAAAGACUCUAUUUAAAGAAAAACGAAUACGCCACUGGCGUGUGAAUGGGAAAUGUCUCUGUGUUCUGCUCAUGGGUAGAACUGAGAGAAGAAAUCUUUAAUUUUAUGUAACACGUCACUGGAUGCUGGUCUGCUGUGGAUAUGAAUAUAUUAACUAUUUCUUAGAAAGAAAAACUGGUGACCACAACUUCAUGGAGCAGUGCAGCAGAGGCUGAAUCCGCCUCUGAACUUUGGCAGAAGAGACUGACUGGGGACGGAGGAAGGGUGAGGAGGUGGAGGUGGAAGAACGCCUGUUGUACUUGAACUGAAUGGCAAGUCCGAAGAACUGCUUCCCUCUGUGACAUGAUGUGAAGUUUCGUCUCCACUGUAUUGACUGACUCCUGUUGGUGUGAGAAUACACUUAAAAAGUCUCUCCAGGUUUCCUAAAGCGACUGCUGAUGCAGGUUAUGUGCUAUGGUGACGGGUAAUGUGAAGAUGACUCUCUUCCCUCAUGGAAAGCUUAUGUGAUGAUGGCAAGAACUAGACUCCAGGUUGGUUAAUGGUGAAAUUUUGGCAGGUAAAAAGAUAUUAGUCAGUGUUUAAAUUGGGUCUGUAUUAGGUGUGUCAGGGCUCAGGGUAACAAACCACCACCUGUCUCUGUUCCUGCCUCCUCGGUGUAACGCUUCCCUGGUGGGAAAACAGAUCUGUCUCUCUUUUUCUGCACAGAGUUUAUUAUUUACACUUUGAGGUAUUGUGUUUCUUUCAUAAAAUGUUUUGAGACCAGGCUGUCUAAAGGGAUAUUACUGUAGGUGUAUACAGAGAAGAAGUAAUGAGACAAACUGAUCUCAGAGCAGAUCAGCACCUCACUGUAAAAAUCCACAACCUUCCAGUUUCCUUAUUUAAUGGCUUUGUGUGUGUUCCAAAAAAAAAGACACACAUCUACAACUGAGCAGUUUAUCCUAAACGAUCUGUAUAUGCUUAGUAGAUAUCCCUUUCUCUAUUACACUACAUCUAAUUUAUAGAAUAUGUUCAGUAUUCUGUAUUAUGAUAUUUAUAUGCAGUGUUAAUGUAAUUUUUGUUUGUACCCAUCAAACUGUUUUCAGUCUGUCUGGAGAUUGAAUGGAGAACAUGUGCGACUGUCACGCCUCUUUUGGGGAAAAGGGACUGAAAGACAGAGCUUUGACAUUCCUGAUUUAAACUAAAGCUGUGUUUCACACCAGCCAGAGGGGGAUCAUGGUGGGCCCGUUCACCGAUAGAAACCCCAGCCAAACCAACGUGUGGGAAUGAUGCGCCAACACAGGUGUUUUUCAUUUUGGACUGGGGCAAUGGACAUGUGGUUUUGCACUUGUGGACCCGAAGACACGUUAUAUUGAGGACUGAAGGAGUCUCAUUGCCACUGCUCAGCUUGGACCUAAUUUAGUGAAGACUAAUUGGACAGCCCGAGGCCUCUUGUGUGAGGGUGGUGAAGCAGCACAGUGUUUUCUUGGAUUUUAACCUAGGCGCUAACACAACAUUCACCCCCAAAUAUUGUACUCAGCAAAGGUUUCCUUUAAUGUUAAACUGUUACUGUAUAAGCAAAAGACCCCAUUCUUUGAUGAGCCAUAUUAGAGAUAUAUGAUGAAAGAAAGAUAGGACAUAAAGUUCAGUAAAAUCACAAGGUGGGCUGUAGAUUUAAAAGUGACUGAUGUGAUAGAGUUUGUCUGGAUGCCACUGAGUCUCAACAGAACAGUAGACAGUUUGGACCUAUGCAAAAUAAUUUACUUCUGACCUGUCUGUGGAACCUGGCAGCUGUCGUGGUACUUGUCUGCUAACUCUGUUAACUCAUUUGUGCUUGAGUUAAUAAUUUGUGCAUUUAUGCCCUUGAGAUAAAAACACAUGGACAUGAAUGAAUAAUUUAUGUAAUCAAAUUAUUUUUUUUUAAACCGUUAAUUGCUUAAGAGAAUCAGAACAAUGGAAAAAAGAUUUUUGGAGCCCACUGUAUACAGAACUCAGUCAGACGUCUAACUCUUACUUUGCCCACUGUUUAUUUUCCAGCAGCUUGUGUGCACACAACAGCCACAGCUGAGAGAGUGCUGAAACAUCGGCCACUGUGAACUGUAUUUCACAAUGAAUGUUGCUGUUACAAAGUGAAAUCAGUGGUUUAAAGGUUCUCAGCAUCAAAUGCUUAUAGCCUCUACACCACCCAUCCUUUCAUAAAUUCUACCUAUGUCUGUGUUAGCGCCAGCUCUACCACUGCUGUUGAUGUGAUCCUGUGCUUCCGCCCUCAAACCAGAGGCCUGAGAGACUGGCUGCGAGCUCUGAGCCUACGCCUCUCCACUCCUCUCAUCGUGACAACAUUCGACUUGUAUUUAAAUGAUUUUUCCUGUACAGCCACACAUUUUUAGUAUAUUUUCACAUUAAUAUAUUUAUUGGUGCUGUAAAAUGUUUUACAGUUAUAAUAGACUUUUUGUUGUUUUUAGUGUAACUAUUAAAACAUAUUUAUUUUGAAAAUACAAUGUUUUUUUAAAUUAAAAGUCAACUAGUUUGAAAGCU